AUGGCCACCACCGACAACAUCCUCCAGGGCGUCAACGUCCUCGGCAAAGUCGACGAGAGCCACAGCAAGAUCCUCACACCAGACGCGCUCGCCUUCUUGGCUCUCCUCCAUCGCAGUUUCAACCCCACUCGCAAGGCCUUGCUUGAGCGCCGUAAGCUCCGCCAGGCAGAGCUCGAUCGCGGUGUGCUACCAACCUUCUUGCCCGAGACAAAGCACAUUCGUGAGAAUGAUGCUUGGAGGGGCGCACCGCCUGCUCCGGGCCUCGUGGAUCGUCGUGUUGAGAUCACGGGUCCCACUGACAGGAAAAUGGUCGUCAAUGCCCUCAACUCGGAUGUCUGGACAUACAUGGCUGACCUCGAGGACUCGAGUGCGCCUACCUGGGAGAACAUGAUCAACGGCCAGGUUAACCUCUACGACGCCAACCGCCGACAGGUCGACUUCAAGCAAGGACCCAAGGAGUAUAAGCUGAGGACCGACCGGAAGCUGCCCACGCUCAUCGUCCGCCCGCGUGGCUGGCACCUGGAUGAGAAGCACGUCACGGUGGAUGGCGAGCCCAUUUCGGGUUCGCUGUUCGAUUUCGGCCUGUACUUCUUCCACAACGCGUUUGAGACUGUCAAGAUCGGCCAGGGCCCUUACUUCUACCUCCCCAAGAUGGAGAGCCACCUGGAGGCCAGGCUGUGGAACGACGUCUUCAACCUCGCCCAGGACUAUGUCAGCAUGCCCCGGGGCACUAUCCGCGGCACCGUCCUGAUCGAGACCAUCCUCGCCGCCUUUGAGAUGGACGAGAUCAUCUACGAGCUGCGCGACCACUCGUCGGGCCUGAACUGCGGCCGCUGGGACUACAUCUUCAGUGUGAUAAAAAAGUUCCGCAACAACAAGGACUUUGUCCUGCCCGACCGCUCGGCCGUCACCAUGACUGUGCCCUUUAUGGAUGCCUACGUCAAGCUGCUGAUCCAGACGUGCCACCGCCGCGGCGUCCACGCCAUGGGCGGCAUGGCCGCGCAGAUCCCCAUCAAGGACGACAAGGCCGCCAACGACAAGGCCAUGGACGGUGUCCGCGCCGACAAGCUGCGCGAGGUGCGCGCCGGCCACGACGGCACCUGGGUUGCCCACCCGGCCCUUGCCACCAUUGCCACCGAGGUCUUCAACAAGCACAUGCCCACCCCGAACCAGCUCUUUGUCCGCCGCGAGGACGUCCAGAUCUCCCCCAACGACCUGCUGAACAUGAACGUGCCCGGCGUCAUCACUGAGGACGGUAUCCGGAAGAACCUGAACAUUGGCCUGGGCUACAUGGAGGCCUGGGUCCGGGGGGUCGGAUGCGUGCCCAUAAACUUCCUCAUGGAGGACGCGGCCACAGCCGAGGUCUCGCGCAGUCAGCUUUGGCAAUGGACCAAGCACGGCGUGUCGACCGCGGACGGCAAGAAGGUCGACAAGCCGUACGCGCUCCGUCUGCUCAAGGAGUGUGCCGACGAGCUCGCGGCCAAGGGGCCCAAGGGCAACAAGUUCAAGCUCGCGUCCCAGUACUUUGCGGGGCAGAUCACGGGCGAGGACUAUGCCGAUUUCCUCACCACGCUACUCUACGAUGAAAUUACCCAGGUGGGAACGCCAAGGUCGGCGUCUAAGCUGUGA